GCGGGAAGGUAGUGACACGUGUCAAUCAACCCCCUCCGGGGGGCGCGCGCUCCGGGGCUCGCGCCGAGGGCUCGCGCCCCUGCCUCGUGCCUGCGCCGCUCGUAUGUAAAUGAGGGCGCGUGACGCGGGACGCAGAUGGACAAGGGAAGAGAGAGAAUGGCCGCUGCCGCCGCCGCCGCCGCUGCCGCCGCCGCCGCCGCCGCUCAGUGCCGGAGCCCGCGGUGCGCGGCGGAGAGGAGGGGAUUCCGGCGGGAGCUCGACUCCUGGCGCCACCGCCUCAUGCACUGUGUAGGUUUUGAGAGUAUUUUAGAAGGGCUCUAUGGACCACGGCUACGAAGAGACCUCAGUUUAUUUGAAGACUGUGAACCAGAAGAGCUGACUGACUGGUCUAUGGAUGAAAAAUGUUCAUUUUGUAACCUACAGAGAGAAGCAGUCAGUGACUGCCUACCGUCUCUUGACUCCGCACAGUCCACCCCGACGGAGGAGCUCGCAUCUCAGGGCCAGCCCAACGCUGAAAAGAUUGAAUGCCAAGCAGAAAAUUACCUUAACGCACUCUUUCGAAAGAAAGAUCUUCCUCAGAACUGUGAUCCUAACAUUCCCUUAGUUGCUCAGGAAUUAAUGAAAAAGAUGAUACGUCAGUUUGCAAUUGAGUAUAUUUCAAAAAGUGGUAAAAUUCAAGAGAAUAGAAAUGGUUCAAUUGGACCAAGUCUAAUAUGUAAAAGUAUCCAAAUGAAUCAAGCAGAAAACUCUCUUCAGGAAGAGCAGGAAGGCCCCUUAGACCUCACUGUGAAUCGAAUGCAAGAACAAAGUACUCAGCAAGGGGAUGGAGUGUUAGAUCUCUCUACAAAGAAAACCAUCAUUAAAUCUGAAGAGUCAUCCAUAUGUGAUCCUUCUUCUGAAAAUUCAGUGGCUGGUUCAACUGUUGAUGCAAAAUCAGAGGAAGCUACUAAAAUGGAAAAAGAAAAAUCAGCAUUAAGCAAAGUUUUGGAAUCUUUGUGCAUUCAUCACCAGCAACAAAUUUUGACUAUGAUGAAAUUUCUAGUCCAAGAGCAGAAUGCUCCUUCUCUUUGCUGUUAUAAUACUUCAUUUACUGUGACUUCAGAAUCUCAGAAGCCCCCAAUUGAAGAUGAUUUGCCUGAUCUAUUCUGUAAUUGUGAAUAUAGGCUGGCAGAAAGGGGGUGUUUACGAAAUGAAAGACAAAGCCUUGGUUUUGUGCCUCUGCCAGUCUGUAUUAAAGAUUUACAUUGUUUCUCUUGCCAGACAGUAACUGUUGAAAACAUUAAGACCGUUGUAAAGGGAGGAAUUGCUAGCAGUUGUGAUUCCCACAGGUGCUGUUCUGGACUCUUACCAAGUGCUCCCUCUACAAAAUCAGCCACUCAUACUCCUCUUUUGAGGAGUGAAGUAUGUGAUGUUUCAGUUAGCCUUAAAGAUGUUUGUAGAUCUCGAAGUCCCUCUCCCCCACCAUUAUCACCAGUGCAGACUGAAGGAUUUGAAAAAUUGAAAGAUGUCACAGGACUUUCAGCCUUCGAAAAUAAUAGACCUGAAGCAAAUAUUAGCCAGCCUCCAUCUCUCACGCCAGCAGAAACAAGCAGUGACAAGUGUGAUCAGGAAGGUACAGUACGAAGUACAGUCAAAUCCAGUAACUCAGAUUCUUUGCUCUUGGAGGAUAAUAAUAAAUAUUCUACAAACCAGGAAGAUGGUGAGACUUCUAUAAUUUUUCAAGAUUUAAUGGAUCGUAUUAAUGAAAAGUUAAAAUCAAUAGAAACUACAGUAGAUCUGGAAAACCACGUGAAGUUCUCUAGCAGUGAUUGUAAUACAGAUAAUGAUUUAAAGUUGAGAGAUUUAAUAGCCUCUCUCUUGCAUAAUGCAACGGCCAGUGAUUACAGUUUUAUGGAAUUACUAAGUCAACAUGAUAAAAAGGGAGAUGAUAAAAUUAUUCAGACAAGAUUUCGAAAGCGUCAAGAAGCCUUAUUUGCAAUGCACAGCUCUCCUGAUUCACCCAUGUUUAGAAGGCAGUCUUUACAGAUUAAAAGACAACUUGCUAGUUUUGAUGAGCAUUUUAUAAGGAAAAAACACACUGAAAAAAUUUCAAGGAAACUGAUGCACACUGAUAAGGUAUUCUCAACGGACAAAGAAUUCUGUUACUACCAAGAGCCUUCUUUAAAAUAUUCUGAAAGUGUUCAAAAUAAUCAUGCAGAAACAUCUUUUUCACCAGAUUAUGCAGCACAGCCAUUGCAACCACCACUUCCUAGCUUAGAAACUAACUUAGCUUUUGAUGACUUUUCAGAAAGCUUUAAAGCAACUUCUGAGAAAGUGGGCAUAGGAAUAUCACAGGGAAAAGCUUCCACUGGGAAAAUAAGUUUGCAAAAUCAGAGAAAGGAUAAAAAGUUAGAGAAGAUUCUAACCCCUGUAGAAAGUGAUGUUCCUGGAGUUGUGAGCAGAAUUAAACGAAAUAUUGUGCCUCCGGGGUGGUAUUCUGUAUAUGUAACACAUAAUUGUGAUGUGAAGAAGUCUAAGGCCAAAAAUGUUACUGAGUUUACAGAAAAGAAAGAUGUAGUAAAAAACACUCAUAUUGAAAGCUCACAUAAUGUAGCGCUAAACAAAAUGGCAUUGAGUUCUAAUUUACAAGUUGUUGUGGAGAGAUUGGAAGACAAAGUAAAUAUGGGCAAAAAGUCUUGGAAUAUUCAUUCAUUACCACAAGUUUAUAAAACAUCCAAGAAAUUGGCAGAAGUUGAUGAUAAAGAUCAAAAUCCUAAUAGAAAUACAAAUCUUACUGUGGCUAGAAUGACAUUCAAAGAGCAGAGAUCAAAAUCCGUGUCAGUAUCCAGCAACAUCAAGAGCAGUCAUACACCUUCAAUCGAUUUUAAUAACGAAAGAAUUGACGAUAUAAAAAAGUCAUCUAUUUUAGAUAAAGAUAGCUUACUUCCUUGUGUGAGAAAUACACCGACCAAAUGUGGUGCCAGUGUAAGCUCUUUUUCCAGUUAUUCUAGUCCUGUCAAACUCAUGUUCUUAUCUGAAGUUAAAAGCAAUGAGGGAAUCAAAUAUACCUUAACUUCAGUUAGUACUUCUGAAUCAAAUAUUGAUUUUCAUUCUGAAAAACAUUCACCCCAUCAUGUAAUCAAAAAAGAAGAGGAAAUGAAUGAAGAUAUUUUAAAUGCUAACGUGAAGAAUUGCAGUUCUAACCUUAGUGUCACUCUUCAAAGAGGACACAGUCUGAACAGUACAGAACAAACUGUAGAAUCCUCUGAAAUGUUUAUAGAUAAGAAUAGUAAUAAGCCACAAGAAGAACCUAAGGAGAAUUCAAACAGUGCUACUGAUUCGUCUUUUAAAAGAAAACCAGGUAGACCUAAAAAAUUGGGUCCCAAGGUCAUGAACCCAUUUAAGAGACCAGUUGGAAGACCACCAAAACUUCAACCUGAUCAAAGAGACAUUACCAUCUGCCAAAAUGAGUCUAUAAAUGCUGGCCAGAAAAGUCCCGAAUGUCUUAUAUCCAAAGUAGAAGAAAGUAUUUAUAAAAAGAGUAUUACAGUAACUGUUAUGUAUGGGAGAUCAAGAAGAACAAAACGGCAGGUUUCAGAAGGAAAUGUUACCAUGAGCAAGGUAAUGUCUUUAAACAAUAAUGCCGGAUUUCUAACUGAAUACAGUAGCUGCAGAAAUAUUAGAGAAUAUAAAUUUGACUCAGGUGAAAGAAUCAGUGCUAUUUCAGGUUUGUCUCCUGACUGUGAGGUCCUGGGAUCUGACUCUGACUCCACUGGCCCUGCUGAGAACACAUCUUUAGUAUCUCAGCCCUCCAAGAAAGUCAUUUGGCCAAAUCAGAAGCCUUUGGCCAUAAUUAGGAAGCCUGGAAGACCUGCAAAAGUCAAAAUUUCUGGCAUAUCUGUGACUAUUAAUAGAACUUCACCUCAGAAAAGAGAAGUAACUAUUAACAGCUGCUUACCUCCCUAUCAACAAGAUAAUACAUUAGAAAAAAAAUUUGAAGAAAAGUAUGAUCAUGAGCAGUGCCAUAAGAUGGAAAUAAGACACACUGAAGCUGAAAUAUUUAAGAAUGCUCCAAAAAGUAUGGUUGCUACUAGGCUUUUGAGACAUUCUAAGAGGGGUAGAAAGCCAUCUCUGCAUUUCUUACAUUCAUUAACAUUGUCUAACUCACUUAAAUAUAGAAAUAAUCUGCUCCAUAAGUCAUACAAACUUCAUGUGCAGAAAGGCACAAGUCAGAGAGAUAAACAUAGGCAGUUAAGGAUAAAAACAGUUCCCAAAGUUUCUCCAGGAGCUAGAAAUUCAAGAAAGAGAAAAAGGUGUUUGGAAAAUAACUGGGAAAUACCCAGUUCUAAAGUCUCCUUGGACUCUGUAAUGUCAUCAAAUCCUUUGCUCAGGUGGUGGGCCACUUCUACUUCAAAUGAUUCUUUAUUAGAGGAGUUAAAUCAUAGAUUUGAACAGAUAACGAGUGCUUGGGUACAAGUUAGUAGGGAUGAAGCUAAAAAUUGUUUUUAUGAAAAAAGAGAACAUACUGAAAAGGAUAAUCUCACAAUAGCUAACGCUUUGGAAACCUGUCCCUUAGGACUUGAAACUUCCCCUGUAAAAAUGCUUUUUCAGAAAAAGUAUGAUUUGAGUGAGCUUUGUACCUGGUUUAUGCAAACAACAGAAACACAAUCUCUCUCACUAGUUAGAAAAGCAAAUGCUAGAAAUCCUUUGGAAGUAAUAAGUACCAGAGGAGUCAAAUUAGGGACCAAAUAUUCUGAUUUUAAUACUAGCCCCUUCAAAAAGCACUUAAAGAAAUUUGCACUAUCUUCCCCUUCAAAAUCAUCAGGGAAGUUGCAUGUACUUCAUAAGAUGGCUAGCUCUCCACUCUUAAGUGUGAAAAGUAAUUUAACACUACCUAGAUAUCAAAGGACUGGGUUGAAGAGGUUAACCCAUGAAAAGGGAAGAAGAGUGGGAGAGUUUAGGCAUGGCACCACUGAUUGGAUCUCUAAAAGGAGGAACUUAAGAUUUUUCUGCCAGAACAAAAUUUUAACUAAGACUGGGGAGCCAACAGAAGCUGACAUCCCAUUCCAAGGAAAAGGUACAGGCAGUAAUUCAUUUAGUUUGCCCCCUGAGAUCAGGGGUGACUUUUUGCAGCCGAGGUUGGCAGUGUCUGACCUCAAAACACAUGCUAGCUUAGAAAAUAAAGUUGAGUCAAAAGCAAAGGAGAAUGGAACAAAUGCCAAUGGAAAAGAUUUUGAAAAGGGGUCCAAACUAGGAAGUGCAUGUCCAAAUAAUUGGAGGUCAAAAACCUUAAAAGAUUGUAAAAUCUUUUUGAGGAAGAUCAACUAUCUUGAACACAGAAAUACUUUUAAGCUUAAUACGGUUGUUUACUCUCCCGAAUCUCCUGGCAGUGGGAGUAGUCAUCAGCCUGAUGUAGAAGCAUCAAAAUGCUUUACCUUAAGAUCCCAGGCUGGUAGGCAGAGUUCUCUUAAAAGAACGUCUAAAGAAAUUAAAAAUACUAGUGCAAGUAGUCCUUCAACCAGUAAAUGUAUUGAUCAACUUGAAAAUAAUAAAUCAAAUAAGGGUGCUGACUCUGACAACAGCCCUUCCGCUAGUUCUGAAACGCUUAGCAAAUUGAACCAAAGAAAAAGGCCACCAUGGAAGACCUCAGAAAUGCCAACAAAAAGACAUAAACGGCAGUCUUGCAACAGUGGACAAAGGGCAAAUUAUUAUUCAAAAUCCCAGCUAGGUAAGUUUUUCUCUACAUAAUCUUAAAGUUUCAUUGUAGGUGCCAUGAAUACAGUAUGAGAAAAUUUUUUUGUUGUUUUGUUCUGCUUAAAACUGAUGAAUUCAAUUUUCAUUUAAUUCCAGAUUCUUUGAACAAACUUAUUUCUUGGCACCUAGUAUGAAACUCAUUAAAUUAGAGGCUGCUUAACAUACCAGUGCACUUCCCCACAACUUAAUGUC